CUUUGUUACGUGGCGGGUGGGUGCACGCGCGGCUCAUCGGGCCGGAGCGGGGAACGGCUGCGAGGCGCUUCGCCCGCAUCUCUGUGAGACCUGGGGGCGGGCCGGCUAAGCCCGCGGGAAUCCCGCGGCGCCCUCGCGCGGCCCUGCUGUCCCCGCGGCCCGAUGGCGCCUCCCGUGGACCCGGCGCAGGUUUUGGUUACCUUCAAGGAUGUGGCCGUGACCUUCACCCAGGAAGAAUGGGGACAGCUGGACCUGGACCAGCGAGCCCUGUACGAGGAGGUGAUGCUGGAGACCUGUGGGCUUCUGGUCUCACUGGGGCAUCCGGUUCCCAAACCAGAGUUGACCCACCUACUGGAGCAUGGGCAGGAGCUAUGGACAGGAAAGGGAGGCCUCUCACAUAGCACCUGCUCAGGUGACAACGUGAAACUUCAGACCGGGGACCCAAGCACUUGUCAGCCAGUUUUGUCUGAGGGAGCCUUGCGCCAGGGAAGCCUGACUCAGGGAUCUUCAAGGGACUCCAGGUUGGCGCAUGCCAGGGAUUGGGAAGGGCUUUUGGAAAUACAGAAAGGUCAGCUGAAGCCUGGGGCAGAUGCUCAAAAUGAGACUCAUCUUGGGAAAAUGAGCCUUGAAGAUGAUGGUUCGGGGACAGAUGAUAGUCUGCGCUCCAGGGUGUUACAGGAGAGAGUCUCUCAGGGACAUGUUCUCCAUGAAUGUGACCCACAGGGACUAGGUAAAGACCGCAUGAUUCAUGCAGGGAAUAAUCUCUACAAAUGCAAGCAGUGUGGGAAAGGUUUUAACCGGAAGUGGUACCUUGUUCGACAUCAGCGGGUUCACACUGGAAUGAAGCCCUACGAAUGCAAUGCAUGUGGGAAAGCCUUUAGCCAGAGCUCAACCCUUAUUCGGCACUACCUUAUUCACACAGGGGAGAAACCGUACAAGUGCAUGGAGUGUGGGAAGGCCUUCAAACGCAGGUCCUACCUCAUGCAGCACCAUCCAAUUCACACUGGAGAGAAACCCUACGAGUGCAGUCAGUGUCGAAAGGCCUUCACCCACCGCUCUACUUUUAUUCGGCAUAACAGGACCCACACUGGAGAAAAACCCUUUGAGUGCAAGGAAUGUGAGAAAUCAUUCAGCAACAGAGCACACCUGAUUCAGCACUACAUCAUUCACACUGGAGAAAAGCCCUACGAUUGCAUGGAGUGUGGGAAGGCCUUCAGAUGCAGCUCAGAACUCAUGCAGCACCAGCGGAUUCACACCGGGGAGAAGCCCUAUGAGUGUGCCCAGUGUGGGAAGGCCUUUCACCGGAGCACGUACCUCAUUCAGCACUCCGUUAUCCACACGGGGGAGACGCCAUACAAGUGCCUCGAAUGUGGGAAGGCCUUCAAACGCAGGUCACACCUCCUGCAGCACCAGCGGGUUCACACUUGAGAGAAGCCCUCUCAGUGCCAGGAACGUAGAAAGGCCUUCACCCACUGCUUCUCUUUUGUCCUUCAUAAGGGGAUCCACACUGGAGGGAAAAAAAAACAAAACCCCUUUCAGUGUAAAGAAUGUUGGAGAGGUGUUUUUGUUGGCUCUUCAAACACAUAAGUAGUCACACUGGAGAUGAGGCCUGUGAUGCAGUGAACAUGAGAAAGCCACUGCUCUGCCCCCACUCAUCAUUGGAUUCAUACCAGAGAGAAUUUCGAGAAGGCAGGUCACCCAUGGGUCCACCUGUCAACAUCAGAGAAAGCCCUGGGGAAACACAUUUUGAACACAACUACUGAGGAGUCUUUAGACAGAAGAAGACUUACCUACCAUCUGAGAAUUUGUAAUGAACAGGAACCACAUUGUUGUCAUUGCUGUGAGAAAACCUGUGGACAGGUCAGCACUUACUGUUACAUCAAGAGUCAGACGGAAUGGGACACAGUGUGGGCCUUACUGUGCCUGAGAGAAGGAUGUGGGAGACGGACAGUGGGUACUGUGCACUUAAAAGACCUCCGGCCACAGGUCUGCCCCUUGGUUAACACUUAGAAAGCCAUCUCAGCAUUAUUUUUAAAAGAAGAAUUAAAAGAAGGGGCUGGAAACCUGGAGUAUAAAUGGAAAAAACAAAUGUCUUCACGAACUCUUUCCAAUUUCCCUGCCAAACCUAUUACAGUUUUUCAUCAGUUUUAUAAUUUUGGUGGGGGAAUGUUUGAGAGAAAGUGUCUCAGCCCUUUGUUUUUAUGUGUGUUCACUGCUGUCCUGUGUCAGGAAGCUUGGACAGUAAGGACAGUUGGAGAAACUCCUCUGGAAACGCCUUGGUUUUUAUAAAGGGUUCUCCUUUGCAUGCCUGGGACGCUGACCCCAGUUUGUCCCAAAGCAGGAAUGAUGCAUCUUCCACUAGAUGAAGGAAAUCUGGGGAUUUGUUCCCUCAACUUCAAGGUCUUUCCAUACAGUCUUAACGUGUUCAGUGCCAGGACCUACUAUAUACUUGCUGCCAUGCUUGGCAGGGGUCUCCUGAAACCUCCAUCCUUCAUCCACAUGACCACCUACUGUGUUCUGGGCACACUGUGAGGAGUGGGGCAGCUGGGUGACUGAGAUAGUAAUCAUGUCGUUGAGCAGGGAGGGAGCUUAAUGCUUAAUGUAGGUAAGCAGACUACACUGAAAUCCAAAAAGAGAAGGAAGUUGAGCACAUGGUUUUGCUGGGUUCUUAAUCACCUUGAAAAUUUUGUCUCCAGAGUAGGAUUCUUCUCCAUUCUCAGGGUACUGAACCUGAAGGGAGGGUGGUAGUGAAUUAGUAAAGUUAGGAUAAGUAGCAGAGUGGAUUCUUACAAAUGUCACAAAAGGUAACAUUUAGUGCUGCAAGAAAUCAUUUAUCGUAUAUCUUAAGUGAGUCUUGGACUCUUGUAGGUAUAUGAGAGGCACAAAACACCAAAAGAAUUUUGCCCUCAUAGAACCUACAUUCUGGGUGAGGAAACGGCAAUGUUCCUAACUUCCAUAGAAUGUUAGAAGGGGAUGGGUUCUGUGGAAAAGAGAAAAGCAGGACAGCGGUGAAGGAAAACACAGGAGAGGGAGGAGUCCCGACAACAAAAUUGUUUGCAUCAGGGCUGGUGUGGAUGAUGUGUUCUGGCAUGUAUUUUAAAGAGGUGAAAGAACAAUCUAUUUCUUCCUUUCUAAUGCAUGUGUAUAUACAUUUUUUUUCUUGCCGUAUAGCACUAGAUAGUUUCUGUGGAGUAAUGUUGAAGGCUGGGCGAUGCCAAUUAUUUUUCCUUUGUCUCUGAUCUUGGGUGAAAUAUUAUUAUCAUACCUAUGGUGUGUGUUGUAGAAUUUUUGAAUGUUUAAGGAAAAUCCAUUCUAUACUUGUUUUUUUAAAAAAGCCAAGAAUGGGUGAAUUAGCAUCAAAUUAUAUUUUAUGCAUCAUCUGAGUUGAUGAUACAUACCAUUUUGUAUGAAGUGGUAAAACAUAUAUUGGUUUUUGAAUUUUUAAAUCUUUCAGUUUUAAACUUACAAUAAGUGCAAGAAUAGUACAGUGUACUCUUGUAUAAAUUCUACCCAGAUUUAAAAACUGUUCAUUCUGCAUCUUUUGUUUUAUCAGUCUUUCCCGGCAUACAUGUGCACGUGUGGGUUUCUGAACAACCUGAAUUAAUGGGGAAAUGUAUUGCCUCUGUACAAGUGAAUGCCUCAAUGCAUGAUUCCUAACGGCACAUUCUAUAUUACCAGAAUAUUAUCAUAAUCAGGAAAUUCAAUAUUGGUAAAAUCCUAUUAUGUAUCCACAGGGCAUGUUCAGAUAUUACCAUUUGUCCUACUAUUGCCCCUUGGUGUCUUCACGGGUCCGUGACCAAACCCAGAUUGGUUGUCUUUGCUCUCCACUCCUUUAAUGAAACAGCCUUUGAGUUCCUUGGAUGUGACAUGUCAUGUAUUUUGUAGAAUUUCCCCUUCUCUCUCUGCUGUUUCCUAACGCGAUAUUUUCCUUUUGCACCGUUUUACACUGAAAUCAUAGAAGUGAUGCUUGGGGCGCCUGGGUGGCACAGCGGUUAAGCGUCUGCCUUCGGCUCAGGGCGUGAUCCCGG